UUAUUGGACAUCCUAGAUGGCGCUGUAGGGCUCUUCUAAGCCCACGCACAUGCGUGGCAAAGCCCAGUUUGCCUACUUCUAGUUCGUCAGCAGUGAGACCAGCAGCAAGGUGUAGGUAUGGCAUCCGCGGAGAAGGCUUUGCCGCGUCGUGUGACCUGGGCGCCAAACGUAGAAGCCUUGGUGAAACUUAUGGAAAGAACAGGAUACACCAUGCGGCAAGAAAAAAGGCAAAGAAAGUACGGCGGUCCACCUCCCGACUGGGAAAGCCCGGCUCCUUUAAAGGGUUGCGAAAUUUUCGUCGGAAAUAUUCCAAGUGACUGUUAUGAAGACGAGCUUGUUCCAGUAUUUGAGAAGAUAGGGAAGAUUUACGAACUGAGACUCGUAAUGAACCGCCGCUCUGGAUCCCAUAGACGAUAUGGAUUCGUUAUGUACACUAACAAAGAACACGCGAAACAAGCGAUAAAGGAGCUUAACAAUUACGAAAUUCGUAAAGGCCGGCUCUUGGAUGUUGGCAAAUCUGCCGACAACUGUCGAGUGUUUGUUGGAGGUAUUCCAAAGAACAAACAGAGAGAUGAAAUUUUGCGGGAGAUGAAAAAAGUAACAGAUGAUGUAACGGAUGUCUUUGUACCUUCAUCAGCCUUUGUCGAAACAAGCAACCGUGGAUUUGCGUUCGUGAAAUAUGAAUCGCAUCAGGCAGCCGCCAUGGCAAGAAAGAAGCUCAUUUCCAACAGAAUUCAGUUAUGGGACCAUCGGAUUGUAGUUGAUUGGGCUGAACCAGAACAAAAUGUUGAUGAAGACGUUAUGUCUACUAGGAGAGUUUUGCACGUGAGGAACCUUAGGUCGACAACUACAGAAGACAAAAUUAGAAAGCUGUGCAGUCAAGUUGUGGGAAGAGACAAUGCUGUGGAAAGAAUAAAGAAGAUAAGAGAUUAUGCAUUCAUUCAUUUUAGAGACAGAGAUGAUGCUAUCAUGGCCAUGACUAAACUUAAUGGAAUGAAUGUUGAAGGCACUUGCAUUGAGGUUGUAUGGGCAAGGUCUGUGGGCAAAACAAAUUACGUGAGAUACACCAAAAUUGGGACAAGGGGAUCUUUGUCUCAGGCUAAUCAGGACUGUCACUUGGGUGAGGUUGAUAGAGCAUACAACGGAGGCCAGGAAGCGUUGGAAUCUUGGAAGCAGAAAGAAGUAUCAUAUGUCAGGGGCUAUGGCUAUGAUUUUGAUCCUAGUUACUCUCCACCAUCGUAUUACAACCCGAUGUCUCCACCACCCGCAAGCAGGGGGUUGGCAGAGCGAGGUCCCAUGGGCAUCAGAAGCCCUGUGCGAGGCCCAGAGAUGAUGAGGGGGUGGGGCUUUAGGAAACAUCCAGCAGAGGCUAAUCAGGACUGUCACUUGGGUGAGGUUGAUAGAGCAUACAACGGAGGCCAGGAAGCGUUGGAAUCUUGGAAGCAGAAAGAAGUAUCAUAUGUCAGGGGCUAUGGCUAUGAUUUUGAUCCUAGUUACUCUCCACCAUCGUAUUACAACCCGAUGUCUCCACCACCCGCAAGCAGGGGGUUGGCAGAGCGAGGUCCCAUGGGCAUCAGAAGCCCUGUGCGAGGCCCAGAGAUGAUGAGGGGGUGGGGCUUUAGGAAACAUCCAGCAGAGGCUAAUCAGGACUGUCACUUGGGUGAGGUUGAUAGAGCAUACAACGGAGGCCAGGAAGCGUUGGAAUCUUGGAAGCAGAAAGAAGUAUCAUAUGUCAGGGGCUAUGGCUAUGAUUUUGAUCCUAGUUACUCUCCACCAUCGUAUUACAACCCGAUGUCUCCACCACCCGCAAGCAGGGGGUUGGCAGAGCGAGGUCCCAUGGGCAUCAGAAGCCCUGUGCAAGGCCAAGUGAUGAUGAGAGGGUGGGGCUUUAGGAAACAUCCAGCAGAGGUGCUCGAUGACCUUUGCCAGAAGAAUGGAUGGGGAAGUCCUGUAUACCAGCUUCAUUUUCUCAUGGGAAGGGAUGGAAGUGGUGCCCAACAGCUCUUACAGCUCUUUUUGUACCAGAUCACCAUACCAGCUCUCAGUACUCAGUUUCCAAAUCAUUACCCAUUUACCCCAAAUAAACUGUGUUCUACUGUUGAGGGGGCAAAGGUUUUUGCAGCAGAGUACACUUUGAUGCAGUUAGGUGUGCCUCUUGAAGCCCUAGAGUACAUUAGCCCACCAUAUCCUUACACCCAGCCGAGCUAUGUCAUCCACCCCGGCCCACCUGUGGAACUCUUCCAACAGAUCAUGUGAAAAGCCAUUGAUGACCUAAGGAAAACGAGAAAGAUUUAUGUGAAGUUGAACAGUACAAGAAGGCUGAGUUGGCAUUACAAAACUCCCUGCCACACUUAAGCUAGUCUGAGAUCCAGCUCAUCAUACAGUGAUAUCAGAUGAUAUAGAUCACCAAGUUUAUAUUCAUUGUAAUGAUACACAUACUCACCUUACUUGGCUGAUACCAGCACAUGUCAAUAUGUGAAUUAUAUGUACACUCAGCAUACCGUUUAUGACUUUCAGUAGUUUCAAAUCUUAGUGAAUGAUUUAUGGCAAAUUUUUACUGAGCAGUUGUUUUCCAUUUUCCAAUCACGUGCCACUUAACAAAUAGAUGAACCGGUAUGUUGUUUAUUCUGUAUAUGUACACUCAGCAUACCGUUUAUGACUUUUAGUAGUUUCAAAUCUUAGUGAAUGAUUUAUGGCAAAUUUUUACUGAGCAGUUGUUUUCCAUUUUCCAAUCAUGUGCCACUU